AUGUUCCCAAAUUCUUCCAACUUGGUUCGUCCACCUUUCCCUCCGAAACGUCAACGACAGAGCAUUUUCUUCAAUAAGCUUCCUGUAAAUACACUGCCGGCUCUUGCCUCUCACCAGCAAAUUAUUGAUGCUCAGUUUAAUAUUCAGAAUACAGCUCUUUCCAGGGGUCUUUCAAGUGGGAGCCUUCCAGCUACUCCAGAUGUUACACCGCAGCCAAAGAUUUAUGGAAAUGGCAGUCCAGUACAUACAUCUGAUGCCUCCACAUCAUUCCGAAGAAGAAAGCGAGUAAGUGAACAAAGUGUUACACGUGAUGUCAAACGUCAGCGGAUUCAUUCACAUCAUUCUGAAACAACUGCAGUUAACCAAGCAGUGCCUUUAGCAGAGGAACGUAGAUACUCCUUCCCAAGAUCAAUUCACUCUCCACUGUUGGAUGCACAUUAUGUACCAGAUUUACUUGGAUGUGUCCCUCCAUUGCGAGACACUUUGUUUCCAGACCCCAUAGAAACCACACCCCCUGUGGCCAAAGAUAAGUUAAGUCAGCAGGUUCUGGAGUUGUUUCAAGCAUGUCAGCAACAGACCUGUGAUUUGAACAGAAAAGAGCUCUGCAGAACAGAACUCCAGAGAGAAAUUCAGCGAAUUUUCCCACAGAGCAGACUCUUUUUGGUUGGAUCCUCACUGAAUGGAUUUGGGACUCGUAGCAGUGAUGGUGACUUGUGCCUGGUGGUCAAAGAAGAGCCAGUAAAUCAGAAGACUGAAGCAAGGUAUAUACUCAGCUUAGUCCAUAAACUCUUCAGUACUAAACUUUCAAGCUACAUUGAGCGACCUCAGCUGAUUCGCGCGAAAGUGCCAAUAGUGAAAUUCAGGGAUAAAGUCAGCUGUGUGGAGUUUGACUUGAAUGUAAACAAUGUUGUAGGAAUAAGAAAUACAUUCCUUCUGAGAACCUAUGCAUACAUUGAGAAUCGAGUCCGUCCAUUAGUACUUGUUGUUAAGAAGUGGGCACGUUUUCAUGACAUAAAUGAUGCCAGUCGUGGUACUUUAAGCAGCUAUAGUCUUGUAUUGAUGGUUUUGCACUACUUACAGACCCUACCUGAACCCAUCCUUCCAUCCCUCCAAAAAAAUUACCCAGAAUCUUUUGAUCCUACUAUGCAGUUGCAUCUUGUUCAUCAAUCUCCAUGCACUAUUCCUCCUUACCUCUCAAAAAAUGGAUCAAGCCUUGGGGAUUUGCUAAUAGGCUUCUUCAAGUAUUAUGCUACAGAAUUUGAUUGGAGCCAUCAGAUGAUUUCAGUUCGUGAGGCCAAAGCUAUUCCAAGACCUGAUGGUAUUGAAUGGAGAAACAAAUAUAUUUGUGUAGAAGAGCCCUUUGAUAGGACAAACACUGCUAGAGCUGUACAUGAAAAACAGAAGUUUGAUGUUAUCAAAGCUGAAUUUCUGAAGACUUGGCAGGUGUUACGAGACAGGAAGGACCUGAACUGUAUAUUACCUUUAAGGACAACCAUGCAGAAAAGAUAA